AUGGGAGCCGAACGGAAGCGUCACAACAAAACCAGAACAGGUUGCACUACUUGCAAACGUCGGCGGGUCAAGUGCGACGAGCAGAAGCCAAUGUGUGGUAGUUGCAGGAAACUUUCUCUGGAUUGUCAUUUUCGAGAUGGGACCAUAGGUCACGGAGGCCCAUUCAGCUACCCAACCCCUGGAAGCGAUGAAUCUUCACUGUCGACUGGGCACUCAUUCCACUUCACGACCCAAGACAUGGAGCUAUUACAUCAUUGGACUCUGAAGACAAGCUUGUCCAUUAGUAUAGAGUCCGUCUGGCAGGAAUUUGUACCCGAAUGUGCGUUCCGAAACACGUUUCUGCUGCGUGCGAUUCUCGCCUUAGCGGCUAGUCACAAGGCAUACUUACUUCGAAAGGAGACAGGAACCUCCAGACUCGACGGCUAUUACCUGGCACUUGGUGCUCAUCAUAUCAACCUUGCUACUGGUCCCAUGAAGGAUGCCCUGGAAAACGUCACCCAGGAUAACGCUCCAGCAAUCCUCAAUUUCGGUAGUUGUAACUUUCUAUACACUUUAGCCGCGUCGCAUUACUACGAUACCUUCAGCAACUACUUUUGUGGAAAUCAGCCAGAAGAUUCAGUUCAUUGGCUAAAGAUCUGGCAUGGAAUUAGGGUACUGAGACCCCACUGGAAAUGGAUUGAGUCCUCUCCUAUCGCACGCCUACUUCCCAAACGAGAUCUGCAAAGGGACUACAUACCAGAGACACCAGAAGAGCAUGAUAUCGAUGGUCGGCUCCAUGACCUGAAGAAGCUUUGGUCACGGGAGGAAGGAUGUCCACGAGACUGCUCUCCUAAAACUCCAUAUGAUGAAGGUCAAGUAGAAAGCUUCACAGUAGCCCUCCGCAUGCUUAGGAUGGCAUUCAUCUUCUCAUCACAACUCCUACGUCGAUUGGAGGCCCCACUCCAAGAUCACAAAGAUGAAGAUGUCGAACGAACGUUUUUAGCGGCAAUCAUGACUUGGUUACAUCAAUUGCGCCCGGCCUUUGUUGCCUUGCUGGAUCGCCAGGAUAUAGUCGCCUUGGUGGUCUUUGCCCACUAUACAGUCUUGCUAGAUCGGAUGUCCUUCAAGUGGUAUAUUGAAGGUGUUCCACAGCAGAUGAUACAGGCUAUAUCCGAACAACUGGGAAGAUGUGGGGCUCGGCACCUUAUCGCGUGGCCGAUUGAACGAUUGCUCUAG